AUGCUGCCCGCACAGUGGGUUCCUGCAACGGCCCGGAGGAUGAAGUCCAUGUCAGUGGCGCUCGGCAAUGCCGGCGCGAAGAUUGCAGGGCAUGCAGAGCCGCAGGGAGACAUGUCGCAGGAUUCACUUAUGUCGACUGUCUCAGAAUUGUCAGCACUGAGGCAGGAGGUGGCGUGUCAGGGCCCAAGGAGCCCCAGCCCAAGCUUGCCACUGCCGGGGAAGGCAGUGACCAGACUCAUCGAAGAGGGUGGCAUCAAGUUCACAGUCUUGAGGGCACAGGAGGACACCAUCCAAACUGUGCAGAAGCCGUGGUACAUCAUCAAUCCUGACCGCAGCCGACUGGCCAGCAUUUGGCAAAUUAUCAUGGGCAUUGCGUUGCUCUUUGUCGCGCUGGUUAGCCCGGUGCAGGUUGCACUAUUGAAGCCCAAGCUGGAUUUUCUCUUCGUCUUGGGCUUGGUGGUAGAUGUGCUCUUUUUCGUCGACUUUGUGCUUCAGUUCUUCACAGCCUACCCUAAAACAACCCCCCAUGGUGUGGUAUUGGAGGUUCGGCUGUCCAGCAUUUGCUGCCGCUACAUGAAGACGUUUCUCCUCGUAGAUUUGGCUACAAUGAUCCCCUUCGACCUUUUGGCAGUGACCAUGCAGGUGUCAGAAUUCGAAGAUUUGAUGGGCCUGAAAGUCAUCCGAUCGCUGAGGCUGAUGAAGCUGAUGCGGCUUAUGAAGACUUCCAAAAUCCUGCAGGACCUGGAGGCGCCAGUGUCUAUCCCUUACCAGAAGAUUGCGCUAGUGAAGUUCAUGUUCAUCCUUUUGUUCAUAUGCCACUGGCUAGCCUGUGGCUGGGCAGUGACCCUCUCAGCAGUGGACGCCUACUACCCUCGCUGGAUCGAUGAAAUUCAGGAGGCAGACGCUGCUUAUGGCAUCAUCACCACAGACUCUCCGUUCAGGAUAUACAUUGCUGCCUUUUACUUUUGUAGCUAUACCAUCACAUCGGUGGGCUACGGAGACAUCAGCCCUCAAAACAUCCUCGAGCGCGGGGUUUGUUGCGGCAUCCUGCUGACUGCGGGGCUGUCCUGGGCCUACAUCAUCGGAGAGGUGGGAACAAUUGUUGCAGACAUGACCGUGGAGGGUCAGGAAUUUCGCAAGACCAUGCACCACCUGAACAAGAUGAUGCGAGACCAGCGACUGCCCAGAAGUUUGCAGAACCGGGUGCGGCGCUACUUCCUGCAGAAUCGGAGUCAGAGCCUCUUCGUCGCCCGGCAGACGCUGAUGAGACGGAUGAGUCCACAGCUCCAAGCCGAGGUUUCCGUGAUGACGAACAUGAUGUGGCUGAAGAAGGUAAGCUUUUUCAAGAGCUUCCUGGCCUUCAUCGAAAUGCAGAGCAGGCUCGGAGAGCACACAGCCCCUUUCGAGGCCUGUGUGGCCGAUGUUGCAAGGUGCCUGAACCUGGCAGCUUUUGCGCAGCAGGAGACAUUCCACAACGUGCAGGUGCUGUACAUCCUCUCCAAGGGCCUGGUAGCCCUCAACAGUCGAAUAGGGGGCCUGGGUGAGGUUUGGGGCGAGGAUUUCGUGCUCUCUGACACCUCCCUGAUCCGCCCCGUGGCUGGUUAUGCGCUCACGUACGUGGAGCUGCUGAGCCUCGCUCGUGAGGACUUCAUGCAAGUGAUCCAACGGCGGCGCAUCACCUGCCCAGAGCUCUUUCGUCUGGUGCGGCGAUACUGCGUCCGUGUUGCCGUCUACCGGGGCAUUUUGGCCGAAGCCAGGCGACGACAAAUUGCAGCUCUCAACGAGGGGUUGGCCCAGCAAGGUCAAAGCCCAGAUGCUCGGGUGGCCUUGCCAGGGAAGGUGCAAGGAAUGCGCCCGCCUAAGGCAAAGUUGGCUCUGCUUGGCUCCUUAAGUUCACUGAGCCUGCCAGGAAUGAUUGAAAGCUAG